AUGGAUGGUGAAACUACGCCCAAAUAUUGGCUCUUGAAGGCAGAGCCUGACUCGCGUGUUGUCAAGGGCAAGGAUGUCAAGUUUAGUGUAGACGACUUUGAAACAGUCGGCACAUCUCCCUGGGAGGGAGUGCGAAACUUUGAGGCUCGCAAUCUUAUGAAGGAGAUGCAGCCGAAGGAAAAGGCACAGAAGCACUGUUCUAUCACUCGAAUUGCAAGAAUCCAGGUAUACGAUCGUCUGGCUGGAGCUUCUGACGAAGGAUUAACGUUUUGCACGCAAGGCAUUGCUGCGUUUGCAGAGGUCGCCAAAGCGGCAUAUCCGGACCAUACUGCCUGGGAUUCUGAGCAUCCGUACUUUGAUGCGAAAUCCAAACAGGAAGACCCAAAGUGGUUUAUGGUUGAUUUGGCCUUCGUUUCUCGAACCAAACAUUUUGUUCCUCUCGCCCUUUUAAGGUAUAUUGCCGACUCGAGCGCGGACAGCCCGCCGGAAGAGUUGGACUACCUCGGUGAAGCAGGUGUUGCCGCCAUAAAGAAUAUGGACUUGGUCACUCGCGGCCGAUUAAGCAUCCAACGAGUAAGCCCAGACGCGUGGGAUGCCAUUGAACAGCUUGCCGACAACGGUGGCUGGGAUGAGCUCGAUUUGUCUCCCAAGAAGAAAACAACAGCCAAAAAGGCUCCUGCUGAACGCACUAUCUCGGCGCAUCCACGCGCCGCUAAACAGAAACCGAAGCCCAGAAAAAAGAAGGCGAAAGGGAGUGAUAGCGAGGACGACUUUGAUGAAGACGAUGAGUGGUCGGAAGAAGAGGUGAUUUCGAAGACCACCAGCUCUCGUCGAAAACGCAAAGCCGAAGACUAUCAAGAACUUCCAGCAACUCGCCGCCGCACGAAGGCGUAA